GAACAAAGAAGGAAAGGCUUUUAACAACGAAUUGGAAGUGUUCAAAUUCUACAUUUCUCCCGAUCUAACAUCUUUAUGUAUAAGGACAUGGCUUCAACUUCUACAAGAAUCAUAGGCGGAAAGACAUUCAUGGAGAUUUUAGAAGAAAGACGUAAAGAUGGCGACUUUCUGUGGGUGACUCGUUCUUUCCAGACACCUAAGUAUCAGUAUAACCGAAGAAGGGUUCCUGCAGAAAUCACUCAAGAAGUGAUGAACAGUGCCCGAGUUCAAGCAGCAAUUAAAAAGGUGACCAUCGAGUCAAACCGGACGCGACAGGAAGUAGAAGCUGAUGUUAACACUAUUCUAAAUGAAAUGACUCACAAUUUUCAGCUUGGCUCGGUUCGGUUGUUUGGCUACAUGUUGUCCAAAGUUUUUAAACAGCUGUAUACGGGGCUUUACGUGAAUCUUGAUGGAGUAGAAAAG